AUCCUUAUGCAACUACCAUCUCAGGCGACGCUGUCUUCCAAUGGUUGAGUGUGGUUUUGAAUCUCCUCCAUUUCGAAGGUAGGCACGAGGAGAGAGAAGCAAAAGAAAUGGCAGCAACAAUGGAAGCAGCUGAUCAUAACGAGGUGCAGAGCGGUGAUUGUUUUGUUUGGGACGAAACAUCUCAGCUCUUCUUUCAUGCCAGUAGUGGAUUUUACCAUGACCCCAACGCUGGCUGGUACUACAGUAGUAGGGACGGUCUUUAUUACAAGUUCGAAAACGGCACUUAUGUACUUUUGGAGUCUCAAAAGGUUAACGAAUGUGAAAUAAGUCCAUGCCAGGGAAAUGCCAAGGAUAAUCUGGCUCACGACGAGUUAUGUAAUCAAGAAUAUUGCGACAACACGGAUUACAUGUCCAUCCAGCUAGAUGAAUCUAAGGCUCACCAGUGUGUAAGAAGUGGUCGGAAUGAAUCUACUUCAGGACAUACAGAGGGCACUAGCAAUCAAACGCCUGAAAAUCAACCUCCACCGUCGGCAUGGUUAGAAGAAACACUGAUUGACCUUUAUCUAUCUGGUUAUAAUGCACCAGUCGAUGCUGAUAAUGGUGUAAUGAUGCCUUUGGAAACUGAUGAGGGGAAAAACUUCAAGUUUUCAGCUGAUGAAAGUAGUAAUACUCUUCAGCAAGAAGAAUUGACUGCUGAGAGUACUAAUACUCUUGAGCUAGAAGAGGGGGAACUGAUCAUGGAGGACUUAGGCGAAGGUGUUUCAUGGGAAGAAGAAAAUUGGCGAUCGCAAUAUGGUCAGGUUAUUCAACCUGAGGAAGAGCCAGCGUUGACAAUCCCAGCUGUUGAAUUAUGGGAUUGGUCAAUGGUCAGAGAAUGCAGAAAUGACGGGAAAAAUCAGGUAGCUAAGUUGGUUGGGCAUUUGAUGAGACGAUCUGCAAAGCUCCAUCCCUCUAUGCCUUCUGGAGGUGGUCUUUUGAAAACUGCACCAAUUCGUGAAGUUCAUCUAGAUCUGGUACGAGUGACAACAGGACAAGUGUAUAAGUUGCGGAGCCCUAAUGCAAAAUAUUUAGCUUCCUUGUCAAGUUACGAUUCUUCUAACCCAACACGUAACUGGGGCUUCCCAGAAUUUUUCCCUCAGUCUAAAACCAUUCAAAGAAAUAAACCAGAAUCAUCUGAUGGAAUCACAAACUGCAUGGAUACAUCCCCUUUUGUGGAUCAACUAUCUGCACUUGAAAAGCGGAAAAGCCGCUCAUAUAGGGAUAGAGCUGCUGAGAGAAGAACCUUGCAUGGUGGCAUUGGAGUGGGUCCAGGACAAAAGAGUAAUUCAGUUGGUGACAAUGGUGGGGAAUAUUCCCCUAAUUAUGCUUAUACAGAAGAUGCAGCAGCAGAAGCUUUGGAAAUGUCAUUUGGAACAGGUAGUUAUGCCAGAAGAAUUCUAGAAGGCAUGGGCUGGAAGGAGGGAGAGGCACUCGGUAAAACGACAAAGGGAUUGGUAAAGCCCUUGGAAGCAGUUGGAAAUGUCGGCAAUGCUGGACUUGGAUGGCCUCGAGGAAGAGCAAAGCACCGAUGAACUGCUCUCCUUUCGUUUUGGUUUUUGUCUGAGCAGUAUUGGUUUUGCUUCGAAACCGAAAAAGCAUUUGGCUGUGCGGCUUGCACUCUGAAAUUUGAUGACAUCCCCACCAUAUAUAAUAUAAUGUGAAAUUCCAUUUAUUCGA